AUGGAAAAUUUCCGGUGGGUCAUCCAAAAAAAAAUUUACGUAGGUGAAGAAUGUGUUACAGCCUCUCUGUCGCAGAUGUCAGGACUUAUUAAAUGCCAGAUUCUACCGAACCAGAACUUAUAUCACCCCGUUUUACCGUCAAAAAUGAACAACAAAUUGAUGUUUGUUAACUGUCAAAAAUGUGGUGAAGAUUUCGUUCGAGAAGAGUGUCAGCAUUCUAUUCAAGAAAGAAGCCUAAAAGGAACUUGGGUGAUAGAAGAGGUGCUCAAAGCUAUUGAAAAAGGUUACCAGAUUAUAGAGACUUACGAAAUAUGGGAAUACGAUACAAUUCAGCUCAGUAAAGACCAAGAGGGGUUAUUUAGCGGAAUGAUGAACAAGUUUCUACAAAUAAAACAACAAGCUUCAGGAUGGCCCAAACAUUGCUUAACGGAUGAAGAAAAAAACCGUUAUAUUGAUGCAUUUUUGGAUAGAGAAGACAUAAAGCUGGAAUUUUCAAAAAUUAUAGAGAACCCCUGUUUGAGAUCGUUAGCUAAACUUAUGCUGAAUUCCUUUUGGGGUAAAUUUGCUCAAAAAGAAAACCAAAACAAAACCUCAAUAGUCAGAGACUGUGGUGAAUUCUUUGAUAUGCUGACUAAUCCUUCUAUUCAUGUAAAUACAGUUCUCCCGGUAAACGAAGAAACCCUUCUCAUAACUUGGGAAUUUAGAGAAGAGGCCUAUGACGUUUCUUCAACGGUUAACGUUGUAUUGGCUUCAUAUGUCACGGCCCUAGCUAGACUAAAAUUAUAUUCAUUCUUGGAGAAAGUGGAAGAAAGGGCAGUUUACGUAGAUACAGAUUCAUGUAUUUAUAUCUCUCGUAAGGGAUUAGACGACAUAUCUACAGGCGACUUCAUAGGUGAUAUGACCGAUGAGCUCAAUGGGGGUUUCAUAUCAGAGUUUGUUUCUGGAGGACCUAAGAACUACGCCUACAAAUAUACUACUUUGUCUGGAGAGGAACAGAUCGUAUAG